CUUUGUGCUGACAACCGGGUGGGCAAAAAAAAACAACAACAUAGAAACAGUUAUCUAGCUGUGUCGUUGCUGUAUUUCUACAGUUGCACAAAAUAACAAGACGUUAUAUGGGCUACAUUUUCUUUUUUUUUUUUAAUCGUUAUCUUAUCUGACGAUAACAAACCUCGGCUUUGUCCAGUUGUUCUCCGCUGGCCGUGUUAAUGUUAAUCAUCGAUUCCUGACGUUAGCAUCAAUGCUAUCGACUUACAUAAUGUGUUGAUAAGCUUGCGACGUCGCUGACUUAGCAGAGUUCCCUUUUGAAAAUUACACACUGCAUUCUUUGAAAACGCACGGGUCCGAGGUGUUCGUUCGACUUCGACAUGGCGAUCAGAAGGAUAUAUAUUAGCAUUGGCUAUGCUAGCGUUGGUGCCUUGGUUGGACUUUCGGCUUUUUUGGUGUGGAACAUCGUUUAUCCUCAGCCAUGGACGGCGGCCAUGGGAGGACUCUCAGGCGUCCUGGCGUUGUGGGCUUUGGUGACCCACAUCAUGUACCUUCAGGACUACUGGCGCACGUGGCUCAAAGGCCUCAAGCUCUUCAUGGGUGUUGGCGUGGUCUUUUGCAUCCUUGCUGUGACUGCCUUCAUCACCUUCUUCACGCUGGCCAUCACACAGAAGCAAUCUGUGACAGAUCCGAGGAGUCUUUAUCUGUCAUGCGUGUGGAGCUUCAUGACCUUCAAGUGGUCCUCCCUCUUGGUUCUGUACUCGUACCGAUAUCGGCAGGAGUUUGCAGACAUCAGCAUCCUCAGCGAUUUUUAGCUGAAUGGGACAGACUUUGAGGCCCAGGCCUUGAAGACGUUUUCGUCGGAACCAAGGGGACUCCUGCAGGUGGCCGCCAGGUGUCAUUGUAUUUAUAUUCUAAAGUGUUACUCUAGUAUUCUUCUCGGGUGUUACGUCUCAACCUCAAAGCUCCACUUUUUAAAUUACCAUCUUAGCUGGCUUUUAAUCAGAUAAAUACAUUGUGCCCUUCGAUGGUGUGCGGUGGUGUUUUCACAAAACCAUUGUUGGGGUUGCUUUGCCUGCUUGUCUAUGCAACAACAGUAUUUGAACACUGACAAUAUGUCACUAUUGCGUUGUCACAGCCAAAAUGAAAAUGCUGCCCCACAAUCAUUUUUUGUUUUAAGAAAUGCUACUUCUGUACAUAUACGUGACUGCUAAUGUGUACAUCAGAGUCAUAUGACUGACUCUGGAUUUACACUGCAUGGUUUAAAGUGACACAAUUGCCUGUUUUUGUUUCAAAUGCCAACAUUAUAUUAGGACAUGAUGUGACAUGGGAGUGCGAAUAUAAUCAAAGCUUGGAACCAGAUUGGUCCUCUUCCAAAUGUGUAUAAAAAUGUAAUACCCUGAAAAUGUGAGUCGCCGAUUUCCACUUAGAAUACCCACGGUAAACUAAAGCGAAGGCAUAGACCAUUAAAUACGUUGUAAACACGCAACAUCGGAGAUGUGUUAAUCAUUAAAUAAGGAAAACAAUUACCAACGGCGGCCUGGGCCAGGCCACCUAUGCUUAAUAUUCAAUUUAUGUAUUAUUAUUUUGUGUUUACUGCUGGCUGUUCAGGUUUGUGGGUCAAUAAUACACGUGCAAUUUCUGGUGUGUGUGUAAACAUAGCCAUAUUGUCACUUGGAAAUACAGUCAAAAAAGCAGUGAUGUAUUAAAUAAGAAUUGGAGAUUACCAAUAUAAAUUCAGCACCCCUGCAGACAUCAUAGUUUAGACUAGGUUUGCAAAAUGACACUUAAACACAAAGCCCAUUUGUUGUCUUCCCUAUUCCAUUUAAAUGUGACCCUGAUUGUCUUUCAUACACUUAUUUUCUUUGACAAUUGUUGAAAUGCGCCAAGAUUUCCUGCACCUUUUUGCCCCCCCCCCCCACUUGUUUCAUUUGACCAGAGCAGCACUGUGCAAGUUCUUGUUAAUCCCCACCAGGGGGAGACCCACCCUCACCUUUCUCGAUGUAAAUUCUGAUGAAUGCUGAAUGCACUUUAACCCAUUGACGCCAUUGUUUGCAAACGCAACUUCCAUUAUAUUUGUUUUUGUCUGCUAUUCAUGUGAAUCUAAAGAUGAGAGCUGGAAGAUGUAUUUUAAAGUAUCUUUGUGUUUUUGUGAAUUAGUAUAAGCCCCCCCCCCCCCCCCCGGGGCUAUACGUGCAUGUAAAGAUGCAUUAUUUAAUUCCAUGUAUGGUCUCACACUAAUAAUAAAGUGAUU